AUGUGGAGCGUUAUUCGACGCCGUCAGGGCCUCAAGCCCAACGAAGCCCCGUCACGCCAUGAUACUCCAUACAGCGCGCAUCAGCGCUGUAUCCAGCUGCAUGCGGUGCGUCCUGAUGUCCCGUACAUAAGCCCCACGACCUUUAGCAAAGCCUACGGUGAUUUUCUGUACGCCAAGAUCCGCCGGUGGCUGCUUGACGAGCGCGUCCAUGUGCGCCUCCACGCGGCAGAUCACCUAGUGGAGCUCUACAAAGAGAAGCGUGAGCACUGUGUACAAAGCCUUGUAUAUGACAUGCUGCCUAUCCUUCUCUCGACCUUGGAGAAGGAUGAGAGCGCCGCCUUGCGUGAGCGGGCUGGAAUGGCGCUAGAGUUGCUCGUUCGCGAGGCCCAGACGCAGCGACUGCUACUCGGAGGGGGCCCCACCGAGGACGCGCCCUUUUCCACAUCUGCCGGGAAGCAGACGGCGCCGACGCCGCACCUCGCAGCAAUUCUCGCUUCCUUGAGGGACGAGAGUGAUGAGGUGGUGGUUGCAGGCCUGCGGGUUGUCUUGGCGUGCCACAUGGCGCACAACGCGUUUUCUGUGACUGCUGCAAUGAUCCAAGGGGGUCUGAUUCCUGUGUUGAUCGGGCUCAUUCAGUCGACCCACACCUUGACGCAGAUAGUUGCCUGCUCUGCAACGCGGCAACUCUUUCAGGUCAAAGAGGCGCACGUGGAGCUUCUCAAGCUCGGCAUCGUGGCAACAGUCACUAAGGCAAUCAUCAACACAGACGUUGCAGCCCUUGUCGCAGAGGCUGCUGAGGUCGCCUCUUUGAUUGCCGAGUAUUCGCAGGGAAGACGCGACGCUGUGGCCUGUGGUACGCUUGCCAGUCUUCUUCCGCAUCUGCACAACUCUAACUUGACUCUGCGAGUCGCCGUAUACAGCGCGGCUGCCCAAAUCACGGUGCUGGAGGCGGCGAAGAUGCAGGCGACGGAGGUGGGCUACCCGGAGCAGCUUGUUGGCGAGCUUGCCAGCGAGGAUGAGCGCGACGUCCUCAUGCACAUGCUGCGGCUCAUCUACAACUUGGCGGAGUGGCCAACCGCGCGUGUCACGCUGCGGGAGUGUCUGCCACGGAUUACAGAGCUCCUGGAAAUCGCGGAGGGCGACGAGGGCGUCAUGUUUGCCCUGUCACAGGCCGAUAGAAUCCUCAAGAAGAAAGUGUUUCCAGUGUGA